AUGACAGGCCAGAAGUUGGCUGUUCCAGUUCUUAAUCGAUUGUCGAAAGUCUUCCAUGACGGAGUGCCCUCCGAUCCAUAUCUAGAACCAUUAACAGCUUCGAAGGACUGUUUUCAGGACUUGCCCGUCAACAAGGCUCUCGUACUGGCAGGCUCAGAUGAGCUCUUUGUUGAUUAUGUUGCCAAAUUUGUUAUGAUGCUACAGAUAGUCUAUCCGGAAGUGGUUUCUGAGACUGUGGCAAAUGCACGACGAACAAGUGAUGGAGUCCAUGAUGAAGAUAUCCAUGGCUAG